AAUUAUUGACUUCACAGUCUCCCCACACAGCCCCGCCUCAAACUACAAAAAGGAGCUCUCUUUACUGUGAAAAACCCAGCCGCCUCUAAACUGAAAGCCACCGCUCAGUGUUGUUUCUCCACAGCCACAAUCAACCCUCCUCCUCUUCCUCCGGCGACGGCGAAGCCAGGGUCCACCGCGCUAACCUCUUUUAACUCUCUCAACCAAUCUCUCCUUGCCACCAUUAUUUUCUUCACCACUACCACUCCCACUUCUCCACAUUUUUUUUUUCUGCUUCGUCUGAUCUCAUUUGAAAUCUAUUUCCCUCCUUUUUAUUCGGGUCGAAUCCGGGUUUUGAUUAAAUCUCACUUGCAAAGAAAUGGCUGCUUUGAAGAGCGAUAGCUUGUCUCUGAGGGGCCCUGCUCUCCAGUUUGCGCGUCCCACCUGUCCCGAUAACUAUAAGAGGAAUGCAAAGUGGAGGCCUCCGCAAGCAGCUGUAAUACCUAAUUUCCAUCUUCCAAUGCGCAGCUUGGAAGUUAAAAAUAGGACAUCGACAGAUGAUAUAAAGGCUCUUAGAUUGAUAACAGCCAUCAAAACUCCAUACCUACCUGAUGGUAGAUUCGAUCUAGAAGCGUAUGAUGACCUAGUGAACAUGCAGAUUGUCAAUGGUGCUGAAGGUAUUAUUGUUGGUGGCACAACUGGUGAAGGCCAAUUGAUGAGCUGGGAUGAACAUAUAAUGCUUAUUGGCCACACAGUAAACUGUUUUGGUGGAUCAAUUAAGGUUAUUGGAAACACUGGAAGCAAUUCCACAAGGGAAGCAAUUCAUGCUACCGAACAGGGUUUUGCUGUUGGAAUGCAUGGUGCCCUUCACAUUAAUCCCUACUAUGGCAAAACCUCCAAGGAGGGAAUGGUUUCUCACUUCGAAAGUGUUCUAUCCAUGGGUCCCAGCAUCAUAUACAAUGUGCCUUCGCGGACUGGCCAAGAUAUUCCCCCAGGUGUAAUUCACACUAUAGCCCGGAGUGCUUACUUGGCUGGUGUUAAGGAGUGUGUUGGAAAUGAUCGGGUCAAGCAGUAUACAGAUAAUGGUAUAGUAGUGUGGAGUGGGAAUGAUGAUGAGUGCCAUGAUUCUAGAUGGAGCUAUGGAGCGACUGGGGUGAUAUCUGUUGCUAGCAACCUUGUUCCCGGAUUAAUGAGGGAACUUAUGUUUGGAGGAAAGAACCCUUCACUGAAUGCAAAGCUCAUGCCUCUGAUUGAGUGGCUUUUUGAAGAGCCAAAUCCCAUUGGCUUAAACACGGCUCUUGCUCAACUUGGAGUUGUGAGGCCAGUUUUCAGGCUCCCAUAUGUUCCUCUUCCUCUGGCAAAGAGGGUAGAGUUUGUUAAUUUGGUGAAGGAAAUUGGCCGGGAGAAUUUUGUAGGAGAAAAAGAUGUUCAGGUUCUCGAUGAUGACGACUUUAUCUUAAUUGGUCGGUAUUAGUUUGUUUUCCUAGUUCUGGAUAUUUGGUUUGGGUUUUGAAGUGCUAGUUUGUCUUUGGCUUUCUUAAUGUGAGUUUGGGUAGCGUGUUUUGCACUA